UUGCUCUUUGUUUAUUUCCGCCCUGAGACAGCUUCGACUGCCAACCAAGAUUUGUGUCUGUACUUUAGCGAGAAGAAGAAAAAGAGACAAAAAUAGAGUGGCGAGGAAGAGGAGUGUCGUAUCAUAAAAUGAGAGAUGUUUGAUGGAACUACAGAGAGAGUCGUCAAAUCACACUAACAUCCCGAAGACUUUUGUGAAAGUGCAAAAGACGAGAAGAAGCGUGAAGAGCUCACCUUGAUAGUGACAGAAAUAACACUGGGCAGAUAAAAAGAGCCUCCUUCCCAGUUCCCAUGACCGUGCAGUGAGGUGUGUCUAAUGAACUCCAGGUCAGGGCUUUCAUUGUGAGAAGAGGGAAUCAGAAGUAUAUCUCAGGGGGAGAGAAGAGUUUUCCACGGAAGAUGGCCUCAGACAAAGAUUAUAGCGUGGAUGAAAAACUGGCACACAUCAAACAAGAGAUCUGUGAGUGGGAUGCACCAGAGGAUCUGUGUGUGAAGUCGGAGGAUUGCGAAGGAAGAAUUUCAUGUUUGAAAGAGGAAGAAUCUGAAGGGGAGAUUGUCCAAGUUAAAGUGGAGGAUUUAGAUGCCUUCAGAGGUGGAAAUGUUUUCAAACAAGAGGAUUCUGAACAAUCUCAUUCCAGUUUACAGCCCUGGCCAACUCAUAUGGCUACCCAGCAGAAUUCUGUGGAACCGAAAUUUGAAUUCUCGGAGUCUGAAGAGAAAAUCAGGGAAAGAAAUGUGAGAGAUGGAGAAGAAGAGCAGCAGUCGUGUAGGAGCAGGGGAAUAAAUUUCCGGGAAGAAAGCAGCUUCUCUGCAUCGGCAUUUGCUCAGGCUUCUCUUCAGUGCAAACUGCAACAGCAGCAGGACAAGGGCAAGGGCAAGAAGAAACAAUCAUCAAGAGGAUCAGAGGAUUUGGCCGUACCCUCUUUCCAGUGCAGUUCUCUUCUUGCUGCCAGACCAGCACAGACAGAAGCCAUCUACACUGAUCAACAGCAAAUGCAUAAUACAGACCAAGAGGUCUUGCAUACCGGUGGAAAAACACAUAAAGACAAAUCUGACUGUGAGGACAAGUCCGUUCAUACAAUUCAGAAGCCAUAUGCCUGUUGUGAAUGUGGGAAGCUAUUUCCUCACAAAAGAAGUCUACAAAGACAUAAAAGAAUCCACACUGGAGAUAACCCCCACCGCUGUCCAGAGUGUGGCAAACGAUUCCCCGACAACAGUGCUCUUCAGCGGCACACACGCGUUCAUACUGGAGAGAAGCCAUACAGCUGUCCCGAAUGUGGCAAAAGAUUUUCACAUAACAGCAGUCUUCAAAAUCAUAAAAAAAUUCACAUGGGAGAAAAACCUUAUUGCUGUUCUGAAUGCGGUAAAGGAUUUUCAUUUUUAGGAAAUUUUUAUAACCACUUAAGAAUUCACAGUGGAGAGAAGCCUUACUGUUGUAGUGAAUGCGGCAAAUGGUUCUCACGAAUAAACAAUCUUCGGACCCACACGAGAAUCCACACCCGAGUAAAGCCCUUUUGCUGUUCUGAAUGUGGUAAAGGAUUCACUGAUAGCAGCAAACUUCAGAGCCACACAAGAGUUCACACUGGAGAAAAAAAAUAUUGCUGUUCGGAAUGUGGCAAACGUUGCGAUAAUCCCAGCAGUCUCCAAAGACAUAUGCAAGUUCAUACUGGAGAGAGGCCAUGUUCAUGUUCUGAAUGUGGCAAACAAUUUUUUGACCGUAACAGUCUUCAGCGGCACUCACGAGUUCAUACUGGAGAGAAACCUUACUGCUGUUCUGAGUGUGGCAAAAGAUUCUCUUACAGUAGCUCCCUUCAAACGCACAACCGAAUUCACACAGGAGAGAAGCCAUAUUGCUGCUCGGAUUGUGGCAAACGAUUCUCUAAUCAUGGGUCUUUUCGGCAGCAUACACGAAUUCAUACGGGAGAGAAGCCGUAUUGCUGUUUGGAAUGUGGUAAACGAUUUUCACAAGUAAGCAACCUUAACUACCACUCAAAAAUCCAUACUGGAGAGAGAGGAAUUAGAGCAGAGCUACCUGGUGGAAAAAAUCCAACUGAAACUGUGCCCGGGUGCUGAGGUCUGUAUAAAAAAAUAAAAAAAAUUCCAGGACUUUGUUGACUCCCUACUUAUUACUUUCACCCUCUAAGAAACUGCAAAACCAAGCAUCAUUAGGAACAAUUCAGGUGUUACACUGAGAACUUUCUGCAGAUUUCCAGGAAUAACAGUUAUGGUGGUGUCACAAAACUGUCCUGGCUAAAUCGUGACUGUUAGCGCACAAAACACAUUUGGAGAAAUUAACCGUGUAAGUGUUUGCAUUGGUUUUAUGAAUGUGGAGAAACGAUUCUCACAAAUGUGUGCAUUUCAACAAUGUAUUAGAAUUCAUUCUGGACAGAGACUGGGUCCAGAGCAGCUCUCUGGUUUUUCUGCAUAUUAAAUUUUACAAGUGUUUUUAGGUUUCAAUUAUGUUUUGCACCACUUAGAGUUAUGUGCAUCUGCAGAAAAAUUAGUCAAGUGUUAUUUUUUUUUUUAACAGUAUGAAAUGUUAUUAUGUAGAAUAGAAACAUUUUAAUACCAGACCAUCAACAUAAAUACAGUAGGACAGGAUUUGUCUAGUGUCUACUGCUUGUUGUCAAUUAAGAGUCCCACCGUUAAAAAGUCCCAAAACACAUAGUCUCAAAAAUACCCCCUAGAGGGGUAAAACAAUCAAACCCGGCUAGUAACAAGACCAAGCGCAGAAUCUGUCUGUCUAUCUAUCCUUCCUUUCACACCCACCUACCUACCUACCUUUCAACCUACCUACCUACCUACACACAUUCAAUGAACCCCAAGGGACUGCAUUUCCCUACUGUCCUUUCAUGGGGUGGCUUUCUGUUUAUGGUAUUGAUACAAAGGGUGUUCUUGUCUCUCAUGAUUCACCCCCAAAACACAAUAAACAUAAAUAUUUAAAAAAAUGAUAUGUAUAUACAGUGUUACCUCGGUAUACGUCCGCUUU